GCUGCAGAUGAAUGCCAGAGGACUUGGAUCCCAGCUCAAAGACAGCAUUCCUGUGACUGAGCUUUCCGCAAGUGGACCUUUUGAAAGCCACGACCUUCUUCGGAAAGGUUUUUCCUGUGUAAAAAAUGAACUUUUGCCCAGCCAUCCUCUGGAAUUAUCAGAAAAAAAUUUCCAGCUCAACCAGGAUAAAAUGAACUUCUCCACCCUGAGAAACAUCCAGGGUCUGUUCGCUCCUCUGAAGUUGCAGAUGGAAUUCAAGGCCGUGCAGCAGGCUCAGCGUCUUCCGUUUCUCCCGAGCUCCAACCUUUCACUGGAUAUUCUGAGGGGCAGCGAUGAGACUGUGGGGUUUGAAGACAUUCUCAAUGAUCCGACACAAAGUGAAGCGAUGGGAGAGCCGCACUCGAUGGUGGAGUAUAAGCUCGGUUUGCUGUGA